AUGUUGAUCCCGAUGGAUGCGGGUGGCGACUUCAAGGCGAUGAGUAGCUUUUCAGCACCACUCAUCGGCAGUCAUCUCGAGAAAGAGUUGGCCGAUGGGGACUCGACUGCUUGCAUCACCAGCACGACAAACGAGCCGACACUUCCCACCUACUUGGUGGAGCUUCUCGACGAAAAGACUCGUCUCAAGCAACCCGAGGGCCAGUUCAGACACACGACCCGGCUAAUCAAUGAUGAGAUUGCUCGCAUUCUGAGUGGCCAAGACGGCAACAACAACAACAGCAAGAACAAGGAGGAGGUGCGACGUGUUACUUUGGUCGAGAAAAUCAUGGUGCCCGUCGACAAAUAUCCAAAGUACAACUUCGUCGGUCGCAUCCUUGGACCACGUGGCAUGACUGCUAGACAACUCGAAGAGGAAACUGGCUGCAAGAUUAUGGUGAGGGGUCGAGGAAAUCAUGGACCAACAGAGCCCCUGCACAUCAUCGUUCAAUGUGAGGACAUCGAGAGCCUUGUCGAGGAGAAGAUGAGAAAUGCCAUCGAGAAGAUCAACGUUUUGUUGCAUCCCCCUCCCGAGGGUAAGGAUGAACUGAAGCGAAAGCAACUUGUUGAACUUUCGAUCAUCAAUGGAACUUAUCGUCCAACUGCAGCAACGAAAAAUGCUUUGCAAACUCCACGUCCUCAUGUUUUGCCAUCUGGUGGAAUCAUCUCGCCUCAAGCCUUAGCCUUCACUCCACGCGAUAAGCCAACUAAGAUGUCUAUGGAGAAAAAGAAAGUCAACGACAUUCUUCACCAGAAUCAACUGAUGUCGAUGAUGGCGCUCUUUCAACCAACAACCACUCGUCAGGAGUCGAAUGUGAUGCUCAGACAAUUGCUGGAUUUGCAAUCCCCUCUCUCACCGGUGGAUUAUGCAAGCCCACUCAUUGCAGCUAUGUCGUCGACUCGCGCAUCACCUCCAAUUCCACAGGGUAACACUGAGCAUUUCAUGCAGGCUAUCUCAAUGUUGCACUCGCUGCCCUUUGCCAAGGAUCAC